AUGUUCAGGCCACAGGUGUUCAGGCCACAGGUGUCAGACAGGUGUUCAGGCCACAGGUGUUCAGGCCACAGGUGUCAGGCCACAGGUGUUCAGCGACAGGUUCAGCCACAGGUGUUCAGGCCACAGGUCAGCCACAGUGUAGCCACAGUGUCAAGGACAGGUGUUCAGCCAGGUGUUCAGGCAGGUGUUCAGCCAGGCGACAGUCACAGGUGUUCAGGCCAGGUGUUCAGGCCACAGGUGUUCAGGCCACAGGUGUUCAGGCCACAGGUGUUCAAGCGACAGGUGUUCAGGCCACAGGUGUUCAGGCCACAGGUGUUCAGGCCACAGGUGUUCAGGACAGGUGUUCAGGCCACAGGUGUUCAGGCCACAGGUGUUCAGGCCACAGGUGUUCAAGCGACAGGUUCUUACAACGGGUGA